AAAAAAAAAAGAAGAAGAAGAUGCUCUCCUUUUUACAUUCUUCAGACCGGAAACAGCAUUUCGUCAUUUUGGCGCGAGAAAUGUAUUCCUAUCGCGACCAUCAUUACGUUCUUAUGAAUCAUCAGUUGUUUUUAUAAUCGUGGCGUAUUGGAUGUAAAUAUAGAUCAAAGGACAGAAAUCUGUUCAAACAAAUGUUGCUGAUGACUUCUAGUUCGAGCUGUAUCAAAUAACGUUAAGCGAUUCCCAGAACACCAGAGUUGUUUAUUUUCUGGACAGAGAGGCAAUGAAAACAGCGACUAACACAAUGAAUGAAGACGCCCCUCUACCCCUGUCAGCACUGCAGCUCAUCGCUCCAUCUUUACGCCUGAUGUCCGCAGCCAUGUGGAAAGUGAUGCUGCAGAGAGACACAGUGCAUUAUGGGAAACUGGAGGAGACCAUAACAACACUUUGCGAGACUGUCCCGGGGCUGCUCUAUUACAGACAUCAGGCCAGGCUGACAAUUGGUUUGCGGGCACUGAUGAUCUUGGAAGAGCUUCGUCAGUCAGAUCCUCCUGAUGCUCAGCGUGUCCUCCAGGAGCUGCACAAGCUGCUAGAAUCCUCCAUUCCCAUCGGAAAGAUGAAGGAUCAAAAGGUGGAAGAAGCUAAACGCAAUUUCCAGACCCUGGUGUACUCUCUCUUGAAGAAUGCAGCAGCCAGAAAACAGUUUUUCACGGAGGAAUUCCAUCUUCACUAUGGAGGAAACUAUGUGGCCAAUCUACAGAAAUUAUUGUUGGAGUUUCUAAUUCGACUGGAUAAACUAUUACCAGUUCCAGAUCUUGCUCAGACAGUCUCGUGGCUCAGUAGUUCCCCUGCUGUUCUGGAGGAGUGUGCGCGCUCUGCAUCGCAGCCCCAGCUCCUCAGGACCCUGCUGCAGCAUGAAAGAUGCCUUGGACACCUCGGCUCAGCAUCUCUUCUGUCAUCUUCUGGGGAUGUGAUCCUGUCUUCCCUUUCCCUCCGUCUUUCUGGUAGAGUGUUGCAGACAAUCCAAUCAGAAUCCACUUCCUUAUGCAACAGGGUCACAAAUCCUGCCCCGUCAACACCCAGUACCUCUCACAGAGCAGAGAAGAAAGCCCAGUCACAGGUCGCACCAGUUAUUGGGUCCAUUUCCAAUGACAAUCUCCCCAAAAAAAGGGAGAGGGUAGCAAGUUUAGGACAAGAAGUUGAAACAGCUUCUUAAAUGUCCAGAAAUACCAGAAGCGAAACAAAGAUCAUGUUCUAAAAAACAGGUUUUGAGAAGGAUCCUGAUGAGGAGUAUUUUGUCAGGAAUAUGCUGGUCACAGUGAUCAGUCAUUCAUCCGGAAGUGAAGUAGAAGAAGAAGAAGAGGAGGAGGGGGGCAGCUAAGAACAAAUAAACAGUAAGAAGGGGAAUAGUGAGAGCCAACAAAGUUCCCAAAAAGACUGAUGUGAGAUGAAAAAAGAGGGAAAGAUUUUACAAGGAAAUAUUUCACUACGAGAAACCAUCGAGCAGAGGAAUUUUGAAGUUUAUUUGAAAUAAUUAUUAUAAUUAGCUAUUAUUUUAAAAAUGUGUAGUUCUUUGUGCAGUAUUUUCUAAUUCAUUCUUAUCCAAAUUUUUGGUUCCCUAAGAACUUCUAUUUGCUCCACCAGCUCUGUGGUAGAUUACAGGUAGAUUUUUGUGUGAUAAAUGUCUCUAGUCACUAAUAUAACUUAACCAAGCUAAUAUCACAGCUACAGCAAGUUCACAAAUAUUUUGUUCACACACACAAAAUAUAAAUCAUUUGUGGCCCUAUAUUAUGUUAAAAACAAAUUUGCAUAGUCUGUAUUGCAUUUAAAAAAUGCUAUUUAUAAGCACUAGGCUGAUAAAUUAACUCCUAAACAACAUGAAAGUGAUCAUUUACAAAAAGGCUUUUCAAUAUUAAUCUUUUCCAAACCCUUUUUAUGUAGGGGUUAGGUUUAAUCUGUCCCUGAACUGUUUGGAUCUGACUACUUUUAUUCAUUCAAAGAAUGGUACAUAUGUGCCCACACUGCUGGAGUUCUGGAAUCCUGUGUUUUGUUCCACAUUGCAGUUGUAUUGGAACAUCAUUCUUGCUUAGACUUUGAUGCAGUUUGCUUUUAUAGACAAUACUUGUAUUAGUCAUAAGUCUUAGAUUUUAUUUACAAAUCUGAAGUUACUUGUCAUGAAGUACAAUUGUAACCAAUGAAACCUACCUGCUUUUAGGAAGUGUGCAUUAAUAAUAAUAAACAUUUGUUUUAUUUUUAUUUUAUCUGUAUCAUGUAGAAUGAUGUUGUUUUUGUUGUUGUUAUAUGUAAUAUUUUAAUAAAGAAUUUUGUUUUG